AUGUCCUAUGCAGAGGUCAUACAUCGGCAGACGAUUGACGAGCGCUCGUGGCAGCAGCGUUCAAUGAGAAGACAAUCUACCCUGCUACGCUUCAGGUAUGAGCUAGCACCUUGGAUAGAAUCCAACGACUGCAGGUCAAUGUUUGGACCGGCGAUCAUGAUUAUAGCCCGCGACAGUAAGAUCAUUUCCGACUGCAUCUCUGCCUGCGUACACCCGAGAGACGAGAGUCUUGAUACGGAGAGUACCACACCUGCAGGCUUGACUGUAUCUUCGAGGCUUUUAGAACAGCUGGCUCGCGAGGAUACAUUCAUCGCAGACGUCGGAUUUGCGCUGCUAUCAAUCAGCAGCGUGUUCUACACGCCGCCUUCAGAAUGGGCCCUCAUCGCUUCCACCUGUGAAGCGCGUCAGGCCGAGUCUGUUCUGCCAGCAGGAGAACUCGAGCUCCCACUGGAGCCGCUAAAGUCGCUCCUGCGAUUGCAGUUGAAAAUCGAUCUUGCAGCAUCCAUCGUGACGAAUAAACCUCCUUCAGCCAAUCUUGUGAUUCCCCCAAGAGGUUCAAUAAGCAGCGACGUUGACGACCCUCUCACUUCUUACGAUGGCUGUCUGAAUUGCCUUGCACUCUCUCUGCGACUGAUUCAUUUCGAGAUAGUUCCUAUGUUAUCUGGCUUCCACGAAUCAUGUCCGCAACCCGUCGGUUCCCACGUUUCUAGAUGGGAUCGGUGGUUCGAACUCUGGAGUAGAUGCGUUUCAUGGUUUCAGGACCGACCUCGCAAGAUGAAGCCUAUACUCGAAAGCUUCGAUGAAGAAACCUGUCACGAACAACCCUUCCCAAUCGAUGUGUUCACGAGUGCCACUGCUCUGCAAGCGAAUCUUGUCAUGCACAUGUCAGCAGUGAUUUUACUGUCACAAAAACCUCGUCUUACCAACGCACCGUCGAAUUCUCAGCAUCUCAGAUCACGAAUUUGGCACAUACAAAAGAUUGCACGCAUUUUAGUCGGUAACCACUUCAACGAGCAGUGGGAUCCGAUAGUAAUUGCUGCACUGUUCUUUAUUGCAAAGGAAAUGUCACACCCAUCCCAGCAGGAAGCACUUUUAUCAUGCUUCCGUGAGAUCUCCAGAACAACACAUAUUCCCAUCGAAAAGGAUCUCGCUGAUCUUCGUGCACGCUGGCAGUCACUCCAAGAAGAUAGGCCACCAAUCCUAUCGCACGCUUUCUGA